CGCUUUAUGAUCACUGCACUGUCAUUUAUUGCAUUGAUGUUACAAAAGUCUUUUUUGUUUGCCAUUUUCACAAGCUUUUCGAAUUCACAACUUCUUCGUCUAAAGCCUGUUGUGAAUGUUAUCUAUUUAUAUUUGUUGAAGCAUUGGAAAAAUUAAUUUACCCCCCGCGAUUCAUUCUAUUUCAUUUUAUAUGGACAAUCCAACGAUUACAGAUGAGGUGACAAAUGUUCUUGAAAUGCGGAACAGGUCGAUUGGCUUCAUAUUUUUAUCAGUACUGGUGUGGGGGUUCAUCACAUAUUUUUUAUUUCUCGCUCGGCCGGUUGGAAAAGAAGACCAGAAGGAACAUGCUUUAUCUCAUCAAAUUGACACAUUGAAGAAACAAGUGAAGCAGCAAAUAUCAGACAACCAACUGCUCCUAGAGAAGAUUAUUGAACAAGGCCAAAAAAAACUUGAUGAGAAUGGUGUAACUGACUCGACCCAAGCAGAAGUGGAAGGCAAAGCUCACACCGUUGGCAGAAAUGACAUCAAAUAUUCUGGUGAUGAAUACGGUAAGAAGGCGAUCAGCAAGGGUGAAGGCAUACAGGUUUCACCGGGGCACAACCUGAAAAGUCGGGAAACAUCGCCACUGGAGAAAUUACGAGCUCUCGCAGCGUUCAAACCGACGAAUGGAGCACCAGUAAUCCCGGUUAUUGUGUUCUCAUGCAAUCGGGUAACCGUCGGGAGGUGUCUCGACCAGCUGAUAAAAUUACGUCCAAGUGCAGAACAAUUUCCGAUAAUUGUUUCACAGGAUUGUAAUCAUCAGCAAACGUCGGAUGUUAUUAGAUCUUAUGGAGAAAAAGUCGUACAUAUUCAGCAACCUGAUCAAUCCGACAUAGAUAUUCCGCCCCGAGAGAAAAAAUUCAAAGGAUACUUCAAAAUAGCGCGUCACUACGGAUGGGCCUUAAAUCGAGUUUUUCUCGAGAUUGGUUUCGAAACAGCAAUAAUCGUAGAGGAUGACUUGGACAUUGCACCCGAUUUUUUUGAGUACUUCUUAGGCACUUAUCCACUAUUGAUCGCUGAUAAAUCACUGUGGUGUAUCUCAGCCUGGAACGAUAAUGGAAAAUUGACUUUAGUUGACCCUAGUGCACCCGAAUUAUUAUACCGAACCGAUUUCUUCCCGGGUUUAGGAUGGAUGCUCACCAAAGCGUUGUGGCUGGAAUUGUCACCGAAAUGGCCGAAGGCGUAUUGGGACGAUUGGAUUCGUCAGCCAGAGCAACGUAAAGAUAGGGCUUGCAUCAGACCCGAAUUAUCCAGAACCAGAACGUUUGGAAAAAUUGGUGUUAGCAAUGGAUUGUUUUAUGAAAAACAUCUCAAGUUCAUAAAACUGAAUGAUCAAAGUGUGCCUUUUACUAAAAUGAAUUUAACGUAUUUAUUGAAGAGCAAUUACGACAUCGAUUUUAUGAAUGGUGUUUAUCAAGCGACAGUAGUGAAGGUUCCAGAUUUAAAGGGCGGUAAUAUUAUUGCUUCCGGUCCAGUGAGAAUUCCUUAUUUUCAUCGUAUAUCGUACAAGACUUCUGCCAAGAUGCUUGGUCUUAUGGAUGAUUUCCGAAGUGGGGUCCCGAGAACUGGUUAUCGCGGAGUUGUAACAUUUUUCUACAACAAUCGACGUGUUCAUCUAGCACCCAACAAAGACUGGAAUGGGUACGACAUAACAUGGAGCUAACAUCUAAAAUACAUUUUUCUAAAUGUUUUGUAGUAAAUUUUUGAUUGUCUGGAUUUAUUUUGAUUACCACCUGAUGAGACUUACCGAAGGCCAAAAUACAAAGUCUACCAAGAUGCGAAUAGGAAAGGAUAAUGUAGUCGAUUAAAACCAUUUAAUCGUGUUUAUGUUUGUUGACCAAACCUUGAGAUCAGUCUAUCGAAUAAUUUUUUGCAUAGAUAAUUGAUUAUGUAUAACUGUCCGAGUGAAGAGGGGCGCAAUAGACCGAAUGUUUUCACUAACAAAGAUGCGAUUUGUAUGCUGUGCAUUGAUUUCUUUAUUAUCGCCUAAAGACUGUUAUGGUUUUAUAAAACUAACUAGAGGAGUUUAACGUAAAAAAGUGUAGACCUCAGUUGAAACGAAGCAUAAAAUAAUAAGGAUGUUUGGAGAGUAAUAAAGAAAUUUCCUUCAACCAGAAUGAUAUUAGUACCUGGUAUAAUUUUUUCCGGAUAGACCGCGAAUGAAAGAAAAUUGUUACACUGUCGUGAUGAGAAAAUACUACCUCCCAAUUCUAAAUCCCGAGAAGAGUAUUCGUAGGGAUGCUGACACUGACGUAAUUCCAGUUGAGAUAUGAGAAAAUAGAAUGCUCUACUUAGUACAUAAAAAUGCACUACUCAAUUUUAAAAAAUGCAUAUUCAUAUUGUUCAUCUGUUGGGGCAUUUCUCUUAAAUAAGAAAAAAUUCAGUGCUUUUGUAUUCGUGAAUUAAUCGAUUAGCGUUAAAAAUUAAGGAGCAGUAUUUUCAACGUGCAAUGAUAGUGAAUUAAAAAUGUUGUACAAAUAAUAGAAAAUAUAAAUCGACUUUCCAGUGAUA